GUGACUCGAGUCAACCUGGACCAAACACAACCAGUCUAUGUGUAUGGGAUACGAGAGAAGGUGUGUGUUCUUCAAAAUGUCGGGCGACAGCGCGCAAAUGUUCAACCCGGCCGACAAAGUGGCCAAAAUCUCGCACUGCUCCUCGAUGGAGCAGUACCGGAAGAUGCACGAGAAGUCGCUGAAAGACCCCGAGGGCUUCUGGAGCGAGAUCGCCAAGGAUUUCCACUUCGAGGAGAACGGCUUAGGACAGUUCCUCGACUACAACUUCGACGUCCGGAAGGGCAAGAUCUACACCAAGUGGAUGGCCGGAAGCAAGACCAAUAUCUCCUACAACUGCCUGGACCGCCAUGUGCUUGCUGGCAAGGGGGAUCAAGUGGCUUUUCAUUGGGAAGGGAAUGACCCAGCCGACGCCGAAAUCGUGACCUACAGUGACCUCAUGAAGGACGUGUGCCGCAUGUCCAAUGUCUUGAAGUCAAAAGGGGUCUCCAAGGGAGAUAGAGUGGCCAUCUAUAUGCCAAUGAUUAAGGAAUUGGUGGUCGCCAUGUUGGCCGUUGCACGAAUUGGAGCUGUACAUUCCAUUGUGUUUGGGGGGUACUCGGCUGGAAGUCUGGCUGACCGGAUGUUGGAUGCUGAAGCCUCUGCCCUCAUAACUACGGACGCUGUUUGGAGAGGAUCCAAGUUAAUUCCUCUGAAAGAAAUUGCUGAUGACGCCUUGAAGAUCUGCAGAGCAAAGAACACGAACAUCAAAGUAAAUAUUGUUGUGAAGCACAUCAGCCGCGUGACUGCUCCUCAGUCAGCUGCCAAUGGAGCGGCAAAUGGCAAUCCAGCAAAAAAGACUCACUUUGAUGACACGGGCAACUUCAAGGUUGGUUGGGAUGACAAGGUAGACGUUUGGUGGCAUGACGUGGUGAAAGAUGUCAGUAGUGAGUGCCCACCUGUGUGGAUGGAUGCGGAAGACCCACUUUUCAUGCUAUACACAAGUGGAAGUACGGGAAAACCAAAAGGGGUCCUACAUACAGUCGGUGGCUACAUGUUGUAUGCAGCUACAACCUUUAAGUAUAGUUUUGAUUAUCACCCUGGUGAUAUCUACUUCUGCACAGCUGAUAUUGGAUGGAUCACCGGUCACACAUAUGUUACAUAUGGCCCCUUGCUGAAUAAUGCAACUUCAGUAUUGUUUGAAGGUGUCCCUACUUACCCCCACUCAGGACGCUUUUGGGAAAUUAUUGAGAAAUACAAAGUAUCAAAAUUCUACACAGCUCCUACUGCUAUUAGAACUCUAAUGAAGUAUGGAGAUGAGCCUGUUAAAAAGUAUGACUUGUCAUCCCUAGCAGUGCUAGGAAGUGUAGGUGAACCCAUAAACCCUGAAGCUUGGCUGUGGUAUUACCGAGUGGUUGGCGACAGUAACGUUUCAAUCGUUGAUACUUUCUGGCAGACAGAAACUGGAGGUCAUGUCAUUACUCCCCUACCUGGUGCAACACCUGCCAAACCUGGUUCAGCUUGUUUCCCAUUCUUUGGAGUUGAUGUGGCACUCUUAGAUGAAGAAGGCAGAGAAAUCAAGGGAGAAGGAGAAGGUUAUUUAGUUUUCCGUCAGCCUUGGCCAGGCAUCAUGCGUACAGUGUAUGGCAACCAUGAGAGGUUUGAAACAACAUACUUCAAAAAGUUCCCUGGUUUCUACUGCACUGGUGAUGGCGCAAAACGUGAUAAAGAUGGCUACAUAUGGGUGACUGGAAGGAUAGAUGACAUGUUGAAUGUUUCUGGACAUCUCUUGUCAACAGCUCAAGUUGAAAGUUCUAUGGUCGAACAUGAACAUGUCGCAGAAGCUGCAGUUGUUGCCAGACCUCACAAUGUGAAAGGAGAGUGUCUUCACUGUUUUGUGACGCUGACACAAGGAGCUGAUUUUACUGACAAAUUGGUUUCAGAGCUUAAAGUUAAAGUACGCAGUACAAUUGGGCCAUUUGCAACGCCAGAUUAUAUACAACUUGCCCCUGGACUCCCUAAAACACGAUCGGGGAAAAUUAUGCGACGGGUGUUACGUAAAAUUGCAGCUGGUGAACGGGACUUUGGGGAUAUCUCUACAUUAGCCGAUCCAAGUGUUGUUGAAGUUUUAUUUGAACACAGGCCGAAUGACAAAUAAAUAUUUUAGCUGAUCUGGUAUGUAAGAUUGCAAGUUGACAUACCUUAUCUACAACUGCCUUUCUUUGGCAAAUUUUAUGUACUUAAUAUUUUUAUUUUAUCAAUGCAAGAAUAAAUCCCAUUGGUGUCAGACCAUGUGCUUGUGGUAGCAGCUAAUGAUAAAAAUGAGGAGGUUGUGUAAAUGAAUGUAGCCCAAAUCUGAUUUGUACCGUUGCAAAUAUUGUAAACUUUUGUCGGUUUUCAUUUUCAAGUUUUUAUUAAUAUAAUUUAUCCCUCAUUCAAUGAGUGAAAAUAGUUAUCUUCAAGACUAACUUGCCAUUUAUAUGUACGACACAUAUAGACUAAAUAAUGUAUUAUUGACUCUUGACAUUUGAAUGCAUGCUAGAUCUCCAAGUAUGGUCUGCUGGUUUAUAAAUAUUAGAAAUCAUUAUGGAGUGUUCUGUAUAUGUAUCAUAACUUUUGUAGAAUUAACUUAAGGGGUAAUUCAUGUUGCUUUGAAUUUCUCUAAGAAAGCAUAUACUGAAUUGAUAAUUAUGCAAAAUUAUAUUGAUAUAAAUGGUUACAUCUACAAACACCAGUAAAAAAGGAGACUUAAACUCUUAUUGAAAAAACUAAUUGUAGGACUGCAGUCACCUUGUUUGGUUUUAUUCAUGAAAAGAGAAAGAUGGAGGGCUUUGUAGCCAGGUACUGGCACUAGGUGAAGCACCAGCUAUAAAUCAUUAUUUGAAUUCUCACUCUGUAGGUGGCUAAAAGUAUCAGUUUAAUUAUUAGUAUUAUUAUUUGAAUUCCUCAGGCAGAAGAAUCUUGUGAUGUCAGGUGGCUAAAAGUAUCAGUUUAAUUAUUAGUAUUAUUAUUUGAAUUCCUCAGGCAGAAGAAUCUUGUGAUGUCAAGUACUUAAGAUUUUGCUUGAAGUUAUUUCAUUGUUAAUAGUCUUGACAUUCUUGAGAAUAAGGAGAAGGAUGUUUACUAGAUAUGUAAAGUGAAGUCUUUAAUUUAAAGACAAUAAUUUUAAAUAUUUUUGUACGAGUCAUUAUAUUUUUUAUUCAUUAAAUGAGGGAUGACCACAGUCAUAACCAUUCCCAUAAAUGAAAAAAGCAUUUAUAUUUAGCAUUAAGUUAUUUCAAGGAGAAUAAGUAUGAUGAAGACUUUAUCAUGUACAAUUGAAUAUUACAUAACAGUGCAUAUCAGAGGAGUGCUUUUUUCUGAGGUUGUAUGUAACACUGGAAUAAUUUUCAUGUUAGAAGUUCCCUAUCAUUGAUGUGGAUUGUGGUUUUGAAGGUAUAAGAACCGUCCACUAGUUGCAUGACCUCUGAAUCAAGGUUUGGUUACUUACUGCAAAAAGUAUCUUAUAGAAGACAAGGUAGAUAAGUUUUCUACAGCAACAUGGAUUUGUGUGCAGUAAGCUUUUAUCUGUGCCCUUGAAUGUGGUGAUACCAAAUACUCUUUAUUCAGAAAUUACAUGCGCAUCUUUUGGUUACCUUAAAUACUAGUCAUUUAAAGGAUAAAGCUCUGAUUAUUUUUCUAAAUCUGGUAGUAAAUAUAUUGACACUUUCCUGAAAUUAGGUCUUCCCUUUAAAUUAGGUUCUAAAUGAAUGAAAGCAAGGUACACUCUUUAAAACUAUAUCUCAAGAUUCCAUUAAUACGUAUUUUAGUUCUAAUGAUGAGAAACAUGUCCUUGUGACAUUUUAAUCAUUAUCAGAAUUGGGCAGAAGUAAAUAUUUUAACUCUUUGAAAAGGAGACCAUUUGAAGUUCAUGGUGCUUUAACUUCUCAGUCAUUUACAACUUUGCAGUAAAAAGCCAUAAAGGUUUGUAAAUCAAUAAGAUAAACAUUAUAAUAAUGAAAUACUUACUUUAAGACCUAUAUUUGAAAAAGGUAAUAACCCUUUAUUUUUUCUGUAAACUGACUUCAAAGUAAAUAUAUGAAUGAAAUUUUAUUUACUUUCAGAAUGCUAAUUAUUUGUAUCACACUUAAUUAAAUGCAUGUCUUUUUGUUUAUUCUGAAAUACAGACUAAGUAUAUAGGUACUCUAUAUAAACAUUGCAAAUGUUUUUAAGUCACAUUGAUUUAUUUAUUGCAAUAUGUUGUCUUUGAUAUUUAUGUAAUAGCUGGAGAGUUUUGGUCAAAUUUUGAACAGCUGGCAGAGGUAGGUCAGGCAUUUCUUUGUAGUUAUAUGCUUGAAAACUUAAUUUUUAAGUAAGAGUGUUAAUUCUAGUUUGUUUUGAAUAUUUGUAAAGAAAAUUAAUGUAUACUUCUAGAUAAUUAUCUUUGGGUAAACUCAAUGCCAUAAUGUUAUUUAACAAUAUUUUCAUUUACAAUGCUUUUCAUCAUUUGUUUAAGUAAGAAGUAAUGUAACAUGAAAGUGGAUUUUGAAUUUUUGAAUUAGACUUUUAGACAACCUUUUACUUGGUUGCCUGACAAUUGGAAGAAUUUUUCUCAUUUUAUUCUAAUAUUCUGACUGAAAUUUUUUAUAUUUAGCAUAAUUUAUGCACAAAUUCAUUAACUUGAAAGUAAUAUAUCCAUCAUAAAUGUAAUUUUUUGGUUAGCCCGCUAUGUUGAUCUUCCAACUCUUAGUCUGAUGAAAAUUUUUUUAAUGGUUUCCUCAACAAAGUACUUCUAAAAAAUGUUCAAUCAGUAUUUCAGAAUUACUCUAUAAACAUUGCGAAAGAUAAUUUUGAAGUUUAGUGAGAGAGGAACUUGUGAAGAAUGCCAAAGGAAGGGUGCUUUUCUGCUAGCGUUACGUAACCUCCCAGUAUUUUUCAGGAAUGUGUUCUAAUGGUAUUGUAAUUUAUUAUUAUUUUUUACUGGAACUGCAGAUAUAAACUACUGUAUUGAUUAUUUUACGGAAAAUCUCCAGUAUAAAGUUUUAUGGGAUAAAUUUAUACUGGGUUUGCGUCAUGGUACUUGACAACAUCGUGGUACUUGACAUAGUUUUGUUAUUUUUGGUAACGAGAAUUUGGAAUGUAUGUAUGUAUGUACAGUGUACUGUAUAGGAUUAAUCUGUUAAUGUUUGUUUCCAGUUGAAAUGUAUACAUGUUGUACAGUACUAAAGGAAAAUAAAUCUUUGUCUGCUGUAAUCAUACUGCUUGUACAGGUAAGCCUGUGGUCAGUGUACGUACAUUGUAUUUGACUGGCAAACCAGCUUUAGUGACUACCACACUUGACCAAGAUACUGCACAACUAAGACUUUCAAAAUACUGUAAACUUUCAAGUUAUAAAUGUUAGCUCGCCAAGAAAUGUAAAGUUGAAAAGGGAUGAGUAAUGUUUUUUUGUAAAGGUUUAAGAUACAGAAUUGUUGCGUGAAAAAUUUUGAAUAUUGUUUAAUAUUGUAAACAAAAGGCUGUAGUUAAAUUUGUACCUAUUGUUAUCUGUCAUUCAUUAUCUUUAACUUCUGUCUGCACGAAAAUUUUCUCAACUGUAUCUUGCCUUGUAAAAAGUUAAUUUCUAGUGCUUAUCAAUUUUUAGUUUAACUCUUAGAUUAAAUGGAACUGUACAUAAAAGUUUGUUCUGUAGGAGGAGUUUGUCCUUUUUAUUUUUUAUGCUGAAAGUUAUUUUAAUUACAAAAAUUCUGUAUAUUUUAUUAAAAAUCACACUGAUGUGUGGUCAAAUCAGUAAUGCAAUGAAAAGAUAAUUACAAUAAACAUAGAGGUACUCUUUAUGAACCACAGCAUAGUGACUGUCUUGUGAUCCACACACUUGAAGAAUCACUUUAGACUCUGUUUGUAUUUGAAGCACUCUCAGUCUGAAAGAAAAUAUUGUAAAAAUGUCCCGAUGUGACUUACUAAUCUUCAUUGUAAAGCCCACAAACUGGAAGUGCCUUUGUUACUGUGGAGUCCGUGAACCGGCAUGUUGUUGCUUUUUGUAACUACUUUGUAAAUGCACACUUAUUACAUAUCAUAUGUAAUGUGCAAGCGAAGCCCAUCAUGGGGCCAGUAUGCACAGAUUACAUUCUAUCCCAAAAAAACUUGACUAUUUACAAACAGAAAAAUGUCUUAAAACUCCACAGCAAACAGUGUCUAGGGUUUGACUCUGUCUUUUGCACCAGUGGUAGGAACUAUUGUAGGUAUGAAUUGUGAAAUUGUUAGUCAUAGAAAGUUUCGUUGAGGUUUCAAUAGUAAUUAAUUAUCUGUUUUGAUCUCAAAAUCACAAAUUACCAUUUAGUUUAUGUAUCAUUGCUGAAGGAUUCUGGUAAUCUUAAAUAACCAGUUUAAGAGAGUUAUUAGUUAAAUGUUCUAUAAUGAUUUUUAAAAUUUAAUCAGUAUCCAAGAACAACAAAGGUUCUUUAAAAAAAAAAUCCAGAUAAUUCCUUUAGAUGUAAUCCCUUGAAACCUAGCAAAGGUUUUUGUGUUGCACAGUUGAUACAUGUGGAAAGACUGCACAGUUUUAGAUGCGUAGGUCAUGCAAAAUAUAUUUAUGAUGUUCCAUUAGUUAAUCAUUUGAUUCUAAUAAACUUGCCAGUCAGGCCAAGAAUUUAGCAGAGUAACAGCAAGCCCUAUUCACACUUCCACUGCCAAGUAGAUUGCAAAAAAUUAGUUUUAUUUGUAAAGGAAAAAGAGGCAUCUACAUGUUUGUGGUUAAGCUUAAUUUUUUAUUUAUAACUUUUAUUGCAUUUUGGGAUGUCUUGAUGAAAGGAUCUUUUGCAAAGUAUUGGUUCUGAAAUUACAUUCCAAUUUCAUUAGCUUGAGAUUUAGAUGUUUUAAGUUGAAGGAUGUUUUGUUAUUCAAGGAUCUGAUGGGUAGGCUAAACAUUCUUUGUGGCACCUGUGACCAAAAGAAAAAUAAAAUAUCAAAAGCUUCAAAAA